CGCACCCGGCCUGAGACUGUUCGUAUUCUACUCAUGAAGACUUCGUAAAUAUUGGGGUCCAGACCUAGAUACUACAACGUUACAAAUCUGUUCUGAUCACUGCUUUGCCAGAUCCCUGGUAAAUCCACAGCUCUGGCCGGGUGGGCCGCAUGCAAUUCCCUUCUUUCUUACAGGGGGCGCUGCAGAGAAGGGCAGAGCAGAGCGCGCAGUUCGCGGGCAGGGGCCGCUUCUCCAGGAUAGCGCGCGUCCGUGGGGGUGGGUCUGUGCGAGCCCUGCGCAACAACAGGGGCGGGAACAACUCUGGCUCUGCCCCCGCCGGCUGGAGCGCCUUCUCAUUGGAGGAGGGAACGGUCACUUGGCAGCGCCGUUGGGAUUGGAGGAAGAGGGUCUCGGGUGGAGUGACGCUGAGGCGGCGAGGAUGCUGGUGGCUGACCGCUGCUGCCCUUCGGUAGCUGGUCCCUCAAGUCAGUGGUGAAUGGCGACCGGAUGGAGCGCUAGGGAAGCGACGGCAGCGGCGGGUGGGCCGGGUUAUGGGCGCCCCGAGUCCGGGCGGCGUCCCCGGUGUGCCGCUGACCUGCUGAGUGGGCGCUGUCCUCCCGGACGGGGGUCCCUCUGCUCUCCCGGACCCCUUUACCCGUCACUUCCUCGCCGGUCCCUGAGGCAGGUCCCCGGAGCCCCGCUGGGCGUGAGGUGCAGGGAGCGGCCGCAGGUGGACCCGGGGCUGGAGGGCGCUCGGCCGCCACCCUAGCGGGUCUUGGCCUUGAGCUUCCGAGCGCCUCAGGUUCAGAGCUGCACCCCACGAGCCCGGGAGGCGGUGGUCCGCGCCCUGCCUGGGUUGCCCCACGGCGCCCGGCCUCCUUCGAGGGGCCUCGGAGCGGCCCGGCCCGGCCCGGCUGAGGAGUCAGAGCUCGCGCUCCCCUUGCCCGGGAGCUGCAGCCCGGCUCCUACGUGCGGGCGCCCGUUCGCUGAUCGCGGGCACCUCGGGCCAAAUCCACCCCCUCCGAGACCCGCUUCGCUUUCUAGGAAUCUCUUUCCCAGACCUGGUGCCACCUGUUGCCGCGUCUUCUACUCGCCCUUCCAGAUCUUUGGCACAGCUUCCUUUGAACUCUUCCUCCCCGCUGCGGCUUGAGCUGGGCCUGCUAGGAGGGUUGCUCAGAAUUCUAAUGCCAGAAAGAACGCUCCGCGCCUGGAAAGCUGGAGGGAGGAGAGAGGACUUCACCUGGGAAGGAGGAGAAAGGCGUUGAGGGGCGGCACAGUUAUUUGUGUGGUCCUUGAAAGGCAAGAAGACUGGGGCCCGUGGCCCUGAAAGGGGAGGUGGGGCUCCCAGCAGAGGGGACUGAGGUCUUCAUAAACAAUGAGGGACCAGAGCAGAGGGAAGGAGGACGAGAUUCCAGACUCUAGUUCCAAACAAGGCACCUGUGAUUUCUCAUCCCCUGGGCAGCGACUGCCAGGCGCCGUUCAGCGGACACCUGGGACUUGCAGUGUUAUGUGCCCAGGGAUUUUCCCGGACGGGAUUGCGAAGUAGCGGUGGAGGAGAUAAUGCCUGUUGUGUACAGCAGGACGACUAGAGAAGAAGACAGGAACCAGGAUGGGAAGACGGACAUGUUACAUUUUAAGCUGGAGCUUCCCCUGCAGUCCAGGGAGCACGUUCUCGGUGUGCAGCUCAUCCUGACUUUCUCCUAUCGAUUACACUUCUCUAGGGUGUAUACCCAGGAGUGGAUCUGCUGUAUCAUAUGGUCACUCUAUUCAACCUUUCGAGAAACCACCAAAUUGUUUCUUCAGGAAAUGCACCAUCUGACAUCCCCACUUUAUGAGGAUCCCCACGUCUCUGUCAUCUCACCAACACUUGUGCUGAGGAACCUCUAAUCAUCUCCCAUGGAUUUGUGAUCAGCGUUGCAGCUCUCCCAGCAGCCCUGGACAGUGGCCCCCAGCAGUCAGCAUGUGGCUGCCGCGCGUCUCCAGCACAGCAGUGACCGCGCUCCUCCUGGCGCAGACCUUCCUCCUCCUCUUUCUGGUUUCCCGGCCAGGGCCCUCGUCCCCAGCAGGCGGCGAGGAGCGGGUGCAUGUGCUGGUGCUGUCCUCGUGGCGCUCGGGCUCGUCCUUCGUGGGCCAACUCUUCAACCAGCACCCGGACGUCUUCUACCUAAUGGAGCCCGCGUGGCACGUGUGGACCACCCUGUCGCAGGGCAGCGCCGCAACGCUGCACAUGGCUGUGCGCGACCUGGUGCGCUCCGUCUUCCUGUGCGACAUGGACGUGUUUGAUGCCUAUCUGCCUUGGCGCCGCAACCUGUCCGACCUCUUCCAGUGGGCCGUGAGCCGUGCACUGUGCUCGCCACCCGCCUGCAGUGCCUUUCCCCGAGGCGCCAUCAGCAGCGAGGCCGUGUGCAAGCCACUGUGCGCGCGGCAGUCCUUCAGCCUGGCCCGGGAGGCCUGCCGCUCCUACAGCCACGUGGUGCUCAAGGAGGUGCGCUUCUUCAACCUGCAGGUGCUCUACCCGCUGCUCAGCGACCCCGCGCUCAACCUACGCAUCGUGCACCUGGUGCGCGACCCGCGGGCCGUGCUGCGCUCCCGGGAGCAGACAGCCAAGGCUCUGGCGCGUGACAACGGCAUCGUGCUGGGCACCAACGGCACGUGGGUGGAGGCCGACCCCGGCCUGCGCGUGGUGCGCGAGGUGUGCCGUAGCCACGUACGCAUCGCCGAGGCCGCCACACUCAAGCCGCCACCCUUUCUGCGCGGCCGCUACCGCCUGGUGCGCUUUGAGGACCUGGCGCGGGAGCCGCUGGCAGAAAUCCGUGCGCUCUACGCCUUCACUGGGCUGAGUCUCACGCCACAGCUCGAGGCCUGGAUCCAUAACAUCACCCACGGAUCUGGACCUGGUGCGCGCCGCGAAGCCUUCAAGACUUCGUCCAGGAAUGCGCUCAACGUCUCCCAGGCCUGGCGCCAUGCGCUGCCCUUUGCCAAGAUCCGCCGCGUGCAGGAACUGUGCGCUGGUGCCCUGCAGCUGCUGGGCUACCGGCCUGUAUACUCUGAGGAUGAGCAGCGCAACCUCGCCCUUGAUCUGGUGCUGCCACGAGGCCUGAACGGCUUCACUUGGGCAUCAUCCACCGCCUCGCACCCCCGAAAUUAGUGGAGGCCACAGUUGUAGCAGGCGCUAGGCCCGGGAGGAGAGUGCAUGGUGCAGAGGGGGCUGGGGCGCACGGAGAAGCAGGUCCCUAUAUUGACCAAGGAGUUUGUGGUACGACCCCCCCCCCCCCCCCAACCAAGUAGGCAAGGACUGCACGUUUGUUUCUCUCUUGAUUCUUGGUUUGCCUAUGAGUCCUCUGGAGCUGCCUUCUCAUCAGGUGCACUCUUCAUGGAAAGCAACUCUUGCCCCUGCCUCCUCUGGGCACAGGGUGUGCGUUCAGAUGACUUGUCUCCUACUCAAGGGCUUUCCUCCCCUUUAACUCUCUCCUUCUGGUGACACAUCCUGCAGCAGCUGAGGGGGUGCCCUGGCACUGGCUGGGAGUGGAGAGGCACUGUGGUGAAAUGGCUCCAGAGGUCUGUACAUCACAUACAUAUGCACACAGGCACACAUGGCAAAACUCGGAAGUGAAAGGACUUGUCUGAAAUCACAUGGUGAGAAGGAGGAUGAAGGGAGGAGAGAGCUUUUGCUCUGGGUCUCCAGUGGGUAGGAGAGGACCUGCCUUCUGGGUGAGAAGGGUCAGAUUUUCCUAUUUUAAUUGCUUUAGGGAAGAGCAAGCAGAGUCAUGACCAGGGACACAGCUGAGAGAUAGAGGAGGCUGUGAAUGCUGAGACCAGAGCUUAUCAUCCUGGACAAGCCUGGAAGGAGGCAAUAAGUGGGAAAGGUAGGAGGAGAGAAGGCUGGGGAGGGCUGGGCAGCAAGCCAGGCACAGUGAGUGGCAGAGCAAGAGGGGGAAAGCAGGAUCAGUGCCUGGAAGGCAGGUGUGCCCGUCAGGGGGGAGUGGAACUCAUCAGGCUUGCCAAGAGGUUGGAAGGGAAAUGGCUCUGGGCUGGAACUGUCUUCCCUUGGUCCUUCUGGUCCAGGCCUUGGAGGACAGCAGAGGAUGAUCCCUGCCUGUGAGCCACACCUCCUAGCUCUGGGGGCAACGGGGCUUAGUAAAGGAAUACUGGUUGUGUAGAGGGUUUAGUCCCGAGCUCAGGAAAUGAGAGCCUAUAAGUGCCCAGUACAUGUUUAAAAGAAGAGCUCAUGGAACCUCUGGAAAGGACAGGGAAGUUGAGUUAGCCACAUAAAUGAACCCAAGUCACAUUGGAACACAGAGCUGGUCUGGGAACUGUGUUGGCUGCCAACAGAACUUCUGACCCUGUUACCUGUGAAAUGAGGCAGUUUCCCUCACGUUGCCAUCAGCUACCAGGAGGGAUGCUGGUGAUCACUAGCUUCUGAUCCUCAUCCUGGGUGUGGCCACAGAUUGGGGGAACCUGGAUUGUGGAGUCACAUCCUCCCUGCAAAGCAAGCAGGGCAAGGGAGAUCUGGCAUUUUCUGCUUUACGUGGAGGGAGAACAGGCACAUUAGCCUUGAAGCUGAAGCUCAUUUUAGGUUCCUUCCAGGUUUAGAAGCUUCAACCAAAUGAAACUUGAAUCUGUCCCUCAUGACAAUAAUAGGAGGAAGGUAUUUAAAACCCCAGAUUUAUGAAUGUGUACUACGUGGCUUAGAGAAUGUCUUUGUUCUUGUUCAGGUGGUUAUAACAAAAUACCUUAAGAGCGGGUAACUUGGCUGGAUGCGGUGGCUCAUGCCUGUAAUCCCAGCACUGUGGGAGGCCGAGGGGGAUGAAUCACCUGAGGUCAGGCAUUCAAGAACAGCCUGGCCAACAUGGCGAAGCCCCUCCUCUACUAAAAAUACAAAAUUAGCGAGGCAUGGUCGCACAUACCUGUAAUCCCAGCUCCUCGGGAAGUUGAGGCAGGAGAAUCGCUUGAACCCAGGAGGCGGAGGUUGCAGUGAGCCAAGAUCAUGCCAUUGCACUCCAGCCUGGGUGACAGAGCAAGACUCCAUCUCAAAAAAAAAAAGACUGGGUAACUUAUAAACAAAUGUUUUUCUCAAGAGUCUGGAGACUGGGAAGUCCAAGAUCAAGCCACCAGUGUUGUCUGAUGAGGGCCCACUUUUUCACAGACAGUGCCUUCUAGCUGUGUCCUCUUAUGGUAGAAGAUGGGAGACAGCUCUCCAGGGCCAUUUUUUUUUUUUUUUUUUUUUUUUGAGAUGGAGUCUGGCUCUGUCACCCAGGCUGGAGUGCAGUGGCACAAUCUCGGCUCACUGCAACCUCCGCCUCUCUCUGCCUCCUGAGUUCAAGCAAUUCUCCUGCCUCAGCCUCCUGAGGAGCUGGGACUACAGGGAUGCACCACCAUGCCCAGCUAAUUUUUGUAUUUUUGUAGACACUGGGUUUCACCAUAUUGGCCAGGUUGGUCUCAAAUUCCUGACCUCAAGUGAUCUGCCCACCUCAGCCUCCCAAAGUGCUGAGAUUACAGGCAUGAGCCACUGUACCCAGUCUCCAGGGCCUUUUAAAGAAUGUCACUAAUCCCAUUCUUGAGGUCUCCACCCUCAUUAUCUAAUCACCUCCCAAAGGCUCCACAUCCCAACACCAUCAUAUUGUGGGUUAAGAUUUCAACCACAAGCCAGGCGUGGUGGCUCAUGCCUGUAAUCCCAGCAUUUUGGAAGGCUGAGGCAGGUGGAUCACUUGAGGUCAGGAGUUUGAGACCAGCCUGGCCAACAUGGUGAAACCCCAUCUCUACUAAAAAUAAAAAAAAUUAGCCGGGUGUGGUGGUGCACACCUGUAAUUCCAGCUACUCAGGAGGCUGAGGCAGGAGAAUCCCUUGAAUCCAGGAGGUGGAGAGUGCAGUGAGCCGAGAUAAUGCCACUGCACUCCAGCCUGGACGACAGAGCAAGACUCCAUCUCAUGCCCAGCCAGCAUGCCCAACAAGCUUCACUUGCCCCUGUUUAGGUCACAAAUUUUAUUGAUGGCUGCAAUUAAUGGCUUCUUUGUAUCCAAGUCCUUUGCUGUAUGACCCAUCCAUUCUCCCCUGACUCCCAAGGUGUCAGGACAUGUUUGACUGGCUCCCGAAUUUGCUCUCUGCGCAUGGGCAGUACAGUCAAGCCUCACAGUGAACCCAGGUCAGCUUUCAGGACAAAGAAAGUGGCCUGGCUGACUAGGCACAGUAAAGCCAGGGCUGGGUAGGUAUAUACUUGUGCUGAUCACGUAUGUCUUAUAUCUCUGUGAGAGUGCAGUCCCAACAGGAAGGUUUAAUCACUGGGGACUGCCCAAUGCUGUGACAGGGCACAGAGCUCUGGGUUGCUGUGGGGGUGACUGCAUUGACCACUGUUAGUGGUUUGCUGUGUUGACACUCUGUGCUAUGUGACCAUGGCUCCUGCCAUCAAGAAGUAGAGUCUGUUUCUCCACCUCUGAAUCCAGGCUGGUCCUGUGACUUGUUUUGUCCUGUAGACGAGUGUAGUGCAACUUCCUGUGAGCCAGUUUGAAGCAUAGGCCUUGGAAGCAAAACUUUACCUCCACCUGUCUUAGGUUUUCAGCUGGGGCUCUGCUAUGAUUUGAUUGUGUCCCCCAAAGUUGGAACCUUGAUCCCCAGUGUUGUGAGGUGGGGCUUGAUGAAAAGUAAAUUAGGCCAUGCGGGUUAUGCCCUUGUGAAUGGGUAGAUAACAUUAUUUCUGGGCCCAGGCAUGGUAGCUCAUGUCUGUAAUCCCAGCAUUUUGGGAGGUUGAGGUGUGCGGAUUACUUGAGGUCAGGAGUUUGAGACCAGCCUGGCCAACAAGGUAAAACACCAUUUCUAGUCAAAAUACAAAAAUUAGCCAGGUGUGGUGGCACAUGCCUGUAAUGCCAGCUACUUGGGAGGCUGAGACAGGAGAAUCGCUUGAACCCAGGAGGCAGAGAUUGCAGUGAGCUGAGAUUGCACCACUGUACUCCAGUCUGGGCAAUAAAGCGAGACUCUGUCUUAAAAAAAACACCAUUAUUUCAGGAGUGAGUUGGUUAUCCUGAGAGUGGUGCCUUUUAAAUGAAGGAGUUCAUUCUUUGUCUUUCUCUCGCCCUCACUUUGCCCUUCUGCCAUAUGAUGCCUUCCAUCAUGCUAGGACGCAGCAAGAAGGCUCUCACUAGAUGCUGGCUCCUUGAUCUUGGGCUUCCCAGCCUCCAGAACUGUAAGCCAAUACACUUCUAUUUAUUAUAUAUGACCCUUGCUGGGUUCAGUGGCUCAUGCCUGUAAUCCCAAUACUUUGCAAGGCUGAGGCAGGAGGAUCACUUGAGACCAGGCACUCAAGACCAGCCUGGGCAACAUAGUGAGACCCCAUCUCUACAAAGUUAAAAAAAAUUAGCAGGGCAUGGUGUCGUGCACCUGUAGUCCUAGCUACUUGGGAGGCUGAGUUGGGAGGACUGCUUGACCCCAGGAGGUUGAGGCUACAUUGAACCAUGAUCAUGCCAGUGCACUCCAGCCUGAGUGACAGAGCAAGACACCUAUCUCUAAAUAAAUGACCCCAUCUGUGGUAUUGUUAUAGCAAAACAAAACAGAUUAACAGAGACUUUUUAAUGAAAAGACAGAUUCACAAAGAAAAACAACGUUUUUGUUUCUGUUUUUUUGAGGCAGAGUCUUGCUCUUGUCCCCCAGGCUGGAGUGCAGUGGCGCCAUCUUGGCUCACUGCAACCUCCGCCUCCCAGUUUCAAGCGAUUCUCCUGCCUCAGCCUCCCGAGUAGCUGAGAUUACAGGUGUACACCACCACGCCCGGCUAAUUUUUUUUGUAUUUUUAGUAGAGAUGGGGUUUCACCAUGUCGAUCAGGCUGGGCUGGAACCCCUGACCUCAGGUGAUCCACCUGCCUUGGCCUCCCAAAGUGCUAGGAUUACAGGCAUGAGCCACUGUACCCGGCGAAAAACAGUUUGUUAACACAGGCAGCCAACAUCACUCAGGAUAAGCCUCAAUGAAAAGUAACAAAGUGAUAGCUUGGAACACUGUCUUACACAGCAUUUUUAAAAAAGACAAUAAAUUUGUAGAGAUAGGAUGACCAAGGACAACAGUUUUAGGCUUCCAAAGGUGGUAAACUAUGGGAUGGUAAAUAUCCGAGAGGAAGCUGAUGCAACAGGAUUUGUCUGCAGCAGCCUCUGGUACAACCUCUGAGUUAAGGGUUGUCUCCAGUGAUGGAGAGUUUAUAUCGUGCCUUUAGGCAGAAAAGGGGAGGGAAACCUGACCUUUUCCUGCACUUUCUGCUUCUUAAUUGCCUUCAGCUGAAAAUCAUUUUUAUGUGAAAAAGGCAUAGUCUGAGGUGACGCCUCUGCUUUCCUCCACCUGAAGAGAACCUGCAUGCUGCUCCUUUGCUUCGGACCUCUGCCUCUGCCCGGGAGAAAGCCCAGGCCAGCCUGCUGGACAAGCAGAGACCAUGAGAAGGAGAGUUCAGGGGUCCCAAUCCAGGCCAUCCUAGACCAGCCAGCUCCAGCUGAUCAGCACGCAGCCACUUCGGCUACCUUCUACUGGCCAAAGGGAGUCCCAGGGCUCACCCAGAUUCAGAGGUGGGGAAACUGAGUCCACCACUUGAGAAGAGUAGCUAUAAAGACAUAUGAGCGAGACCAGCUGGGCACAGCACUGCGGCCAAGUCGAAGACUUUAGGAGCAAUAAAAGUGCUUAUUGUGUUUCAGUCAUUUGAGUGUUGUGGUGGUUUGUUACGUAGCAUUGCCUAACCGAUACACUUGAGAACGGAGGGCUCCUGGCACCUGCAGCUUCCAAUUUCCACCAGGAUCCAGGCUCCCUCCCUGCUGGUAGGGCUGUAAUUAGUGUCUCCCCUUACCUGUAGGCCCUGUGAUGCAGCUAGAAGUGUCUAGGCCCAGCAGUCACCCACAAUUAGGGGCAGGCACGCUUGCUGCCUCUGCUCUGGCUGUGGGAGCUCAGAAGGGGCAAUCAAAGCACUAGAUGGGCUGACGGGUGCGUAGAAACAGUGUCGCCUGGAAUAGGUCAGAGAACCCACCUAUCAAGAGGCUGUUGGGGAAUCAAUGGUGGGCCUUAUUUUUGUUAUUUGGCAUCAAGAAGAUAUAUUAUCCACAUCAACACUGUAUCAACUCCUCAUGGCCACCACAGACCCUGUGUCCCCUAGCUUUGUCUUUGAUGUGCCUUUGUCACCCACUCCUACAGACCGCGACCCCCCCACCGCCACAACUGCCCCAUCACCUCUACAGGGUUAAAUCAAUGGUUUUAAUUUUUGCCUACCUGAUGGGUGAAAAAUGUUACUUGAUGUUUCAGUCUGCACUUCUUUAAUUCCUGGGGCAGCUGAACAUCUUUUCAUGCUUAGGAAUCAACUGUAUUCCUUUUUCAUUGUUCAAGGCUGUGCCCAUGUUGCUGUUGACUUACCGCAGCCUCUUUUGAGUAUGCUUUGUUAUUUUUGUUGUGCAAAUGGUUUCUCCUAGCUUGUCAUCUGUUUUUUGUUGUUGUUGUUUUGUUAACUUACUUUAUGGCAUUUUCCCCUCAGGCUUCUUAAAAAAAAGAAGCUUCAUUGAGCUAUAAUUGAUAUACAACAUCUGCACAUAAAGUGUAAAGUUUGAUUAAACAUUUGUAUAUACCUGUGAAAUCAAAUCACCACCUCAUCACAAUCAAAUUUCAAAAAGUUUCACCUAGUUUAUCAUAUUGUUGAAUGUGAAUCCUUUCCUUAUGGUCAGUGGAUUUUGUGUCUUGUUGAAACGACUUUGUCCUCCUACAGUGAUAAAAAUGGUCUUCACGCUUGCUUCCA